AAAUACCUCUGCCUUGAGAUGAUACUCAACCUUCAGGUCCCUCCUCAUAUAUACAGUGAAAACUUGGGCUGGUAGAUAGUGCUUCCCAAAAUGGAGAAGAAAAACAAGAGUUUACUGUUGCUGCUUCUCAUGGCUUCGUCGCUCUUCUUUAUGCCAAAUGUGUCACAUGCUGUUUCUAAUGUCAACUCUCAAGGCCAUCUCACCAAUUCUGAGCUGGUGAAAGGACCCAAUAGAAGGUUUUUGUCAUUUGUGGACUGUGGAGUUAGGUGCAGAGUGAGGUGCAGUUUGCACUCGAGGCCAAAGAUUUGCACGAGGGCUUGCGGGACAUGCUGUUUCAGGUGCAAGUGUGUUCCUCCAGGCACCUAUGGGAACAGAGAGGUCUGUGGGAAGUGUUACACUGACAUGACUACUCAUGGCAACAAACUCAAGUGCCCCUAGACCUUUGCAUUUGCAUUUGCAUCUCCUUCUUCAUGUGUCUACACACUUUUUCAUGUUAAUUAUCAGAAUUCCCGUUCUUGCAUUGUUGUCUACCUUUAUUUCUUAAUAUUGCAUUAUGUAUCCCAUACUUUGUAAUCAUCAGUUUGUGUGUCUGCUGUCACUAUGCAUUUUGUGGAAUAAACGUCCAGUACAUUACUGUAUAAGUAUAUCGGUUUUCCUGAUGUGUUCAUGGAUCAAAUUAUGAAAUAAUGCAUUUUAUGAUACUA